GAUUUUAAAUUACUAUUUUGCCUUUAAGUACGUCGUUCCAUUCAAGUUUCAUUCAGCAUAAUGGGCUGAUUGUCACUCAUGUGCAUACUAUUGCGCAAUUGGGGCGAUCGUGGCGAAUCAAGUUGCUGUGGUGGCAUCUGCAUUAUAGAUCUGUGGAGCAAUGGCAGGAAUGAAGUGCAACUUCCGCUCAGCUCAUAGAGUCCUGCGUCUUGCCAUAUCUCCAGCUGCCGUCAGAACAGCGAGCCCGGCGCUGGGCGUCCGGCUGCUGCGCGUGCCCGGCCUGCGCCGCCCGCUGUCCACCUCCGCGGCCGCCUGCAAGUCGGCCAGCGCAGCCGGCAGCGACGGCGGCGGCGGCAAGAAGGACCAGCUGCGCUGCCCAAAGUGUGGCGACCCCUGCACACAUGUGGAGACGUUUGUGUCGUCCACCCGGUUCGUCAAGUGCGAGAACUGUCACCACUUUUUCGUGGUGCUGUCCGAUGUCGACUCGAAGCGGACCAUCAAAGAGAACGAGCUCAGUCAGCGGCAGUCGCUCCACAGGAAACCGCCGCCGGCGCCCAAAAAGAUAUACGAGUAUCUGGAGCUGCAGGUGAUUGGCCAGCAGGCGGCCAAAAAGGUGCUCUCCGUGGCCGUGUACAACCACUACAAGCGCAUCUACCACAACCUGCCGGGCGGCGGCGGCGGCGGCGGCCCGCCCGGCCCGGGCGGCGCCGAGCAGAGCUCACACACGUUCACUCACAGAGGUGAGACCAAAGAUCUGCUGCACAUCACCGGCCUGACGCAGAACCACGGACUGGGCGUGACGUUCCACAAGCCGGAGGACGGCGCAGCCGGCGGUCAGUCCAAGGGCGGCGCUGCCGAGCCGCCGCCGGCCGGCCUGCACCAGCACAGCAGCGACAUCCUGGACGCCAAGACGCACCACAUGCAGCUGGACAAGUCCAACAUCCUGCUGCUGGGGCCCACCGGCGUCGGCAAGACGCUGCUGGCGCAGACAAUCGCCAAGUGCCUGGACGUGCCGUUCGCCAUCUGCGACUGCACCACGCUCACGCAGGCCGGCUACGUGGGCGAGGACAUCGAGUCGGUCAUCGCCAAACUGCUGCAGGACGCCAACUACCAGGUGGAGCGCGCCCAGCAGGGUAUCGUGUUUCUGGACGAGGUGGAUAAGAUCGGCGCCGUGCCGGGCAUCCACCAGCUGAGGGAUGUCGGCGGCGAGGGCGUCCAGCAGGCCAUGCUCAAGAUGCUGGAGGGGACGGUGGUGAACGUGCCGGAGAAGAACUCGCCGCGGAAGCUGCGCGGCGAGUCUGUUCAGGUGGACACCACCAACAUCCUGUUCGUCGCCUCGGGCGCCUUCAACGGGCUCGACCGCGUCAUCAGCAGGAGGAAAAACGAAAAGUACCUGGGUUUCGGCGUGCCGGCGGCCGUGUCGCCCGGCCGGCGGGCCGCCUCGCAGGCCGACCAGGCCAACCAGGCGGGCGUCUCGGCCGUGGCCGAGGACAAUCAGGAGCGGGACGCCAUGCUCAGCGCCGUCGAGGCCAGGGACCUCAUCGAGUUCGGCAUGAUCCCGGAGUUUUGCGGCCGGUUCCCGGUGAUUGUGCCGUUCCACUCGCUCGACACCGAGAUGCUGGUCCGCAUCCUGACAGAGCCGCAGAACGCGCUCAUACCUCAGUACCAGAUGCUGUUUGGCAUGGACAAGGUGGACCUAACGUUCAGCCCGGGCGCGCUGCGCUCGAUAGCCGCGCUGGCCAUGGAGCGGCGGACCGGCGCGCGCGGCCUGCGAGCCAUCGUGGAGAAGCUGCUACUGGACGCCAUGUUCGAGAUCCCCGGCUCGGACAUUGUCUCCGUGCACGUCACCGAGGAGAUGGUGCGCUCCGGCGGCGAGCCCGUGCUCGAGCGCGCCGCGCCCUCCGACGACGGCGAGCAGCGCGAGCGCGCGCGGGCAGAGAUGAAGUAGUCGGCCGGGCCGUCGGGCCGCGCCCGUCCGAGUGAGUGAGUGUGAUACGGCCCGGCGCCGCUGUCCGACGGAGGCAGGCGGGCCGGGCCGGCCGGCGACCGGGACGCUCCGACCGCCCUCACCGGGCCAGCGGCAGUGCAUUGCCGCGCGCAUCGUCGACAGUUUUAUUAUGACAGAUUAUAAUGAGUCGUAUAGCAUUUGACUGGUCGGGCGGUGGGCCCGUCCUGGCGGUUAGCUCAGUGUGUGGGCCGCGGUCCCCGGCGGGAGGCGGGGGCGGGCCGUGCGCGAGUGGGGAGGGAGUCGGCCGGACGCGCCGCGCCGCGACGACCACAUUGUGAUGAGCCGUGCCGACGGCUGUCCGGCGCGGGUUGCGGGCUGCGGGCCGGGGUGGGUGGGCUGUAGGUACCACAGAUAGCGCGUCACGCACCAGCUGCAGGCGAGUGGCGUACCGCGCGAGUGCAGAAUACAAACAGUGGAGUCGAG